CAUCAUGUGCAGCAGAGAGGCAGCCCCCUGCUGGUCGCUGUUGGGUAUUGUCUGAACGGGGAGAGGGCCCACAGGCUGUGACAGCUCCCCUUUCUCCCCCCACUCAUGAAGGACACUCAGUUUGUGUAAUGUAGUCGCACAGAAAGGACAGGAGAGCGUCUGGAGGAAACCUUGGGAAACUCUGUGAUUUCACCAGGAUGGAAACCAGAAGAUAUGAGACAAGAUGACACAGAGUGACUGAUUUCUUCUUCUUCCCUGGAUGCUUGACGCGGAGCGACGAUGGGAAACAUCUUCCAGUGCUGCCGCGGAUUAUUGAGCUUCUUCAAGCAUCCGGGCGAUCCGGUUCAACAGGGCGCUGAGCAAUCCCCUCUUCUAUCAAGCGAGGAAAGCGACCUUGACUCUUUGGAUGACAGUAUGAUAAACCCUUCAACUGGUGUAGCAAACCCUGCUCUUGAGCCAGAGCAUUUCCUGUUUCCUGACAUCAUACUCAGCAGCAACCCUGCAGGCGAAGUGACUCUGGUGGAGCCCAUGGUGUGCCUGCUUGUUUCUGAGGAAGACGAGGCGCAGGGAGAUGAAGGAGACGCAAGGGAAGGAAGAGACAGGUGUUUCUCUGAGGUGGAGACGCAAACCGAAGUGGAGACUCAGAUUAGUGCGGAGGUUCAGACUCAGACUGACUCUGAGCCAGAAAUUCAGACGGAAAACGAUAAAGACAUCACAACUUCAACAAAAGCAAAAUCAGAAAUGGAGAAAAACAUCAAGCUUCAUGAAGUGAGCGCAGCAGGGUUUGUUUGGCCUGAGCAGCACCAGGUACUGAUCCAUCCCAGUGGAAAUGGUUCUGAGAGGACCGAACACUUUGGUGCAGAACGUAAAAGCAACAACACUCAUGAGGACUUCCAAGUAAAACAUGAACUAAGUGAUGAAGAUCCAGGAGUUUUUCAUGUAAAAAAUGAAAUUAUCCACACUGAUGAGUUUGUAGACGAACCCAUAUUUAACAAGACUCACAUGAAGGAUCCAGAAAACGUAAAGAGAGAAAAGGAGGACCAGGAUAAAAGUGGUUUGCAGCCUCCUUCAGAGGAGGAGCCGCUUGUCAAAGGUGUGGCUUCAGAAACCUCUGAGGAUGAGCUGUCCAACAAGAGAAAAACUCUGCCGAGCGAUGGAGAAGUCGCUGAUCUUCAUGAGGACAAAUUUACAGUCCAAAUUCAGCCGCCUGGAACAGAAUGUUUUGAUCUUCAGGUAUCAGGGCAGAUGUCGAUAUCUGAGCUCCAUCAGGUGCUUAUGGAUCAUGAACUCACCUGCCACCGCUCCUGCUUCUCCCUGCAGCUGGGAGGCGCCGUCCUGGACAGCGCCGCUGAGCUGGGCUCCAUCCAGGGAAUCCAGGAGGGGGCGCUGAUCAGGGUGGUGGAGGAUUCAUACUCGGUGCGGGAUGUUCGCGUUCAUCUGCGACACGUACGCAACCUGCUGCGGAGCCUCGACCUUAGUCAGUGGAGACUCUGCAGACACUGUGGCAGUGAGGACACAGAAGAUCACAUGUGGGCAUGCAUUUCUGGGCAUAACACCGGCUGCUCGCUGUCCUACCUGUCCUACCUGUCCUUAUUCACCAGAGCACAUCCAGGUAACUAUGGAAGUGACAAUAUGGAAAAGGAUUCGGUGUCCCGCAGCCCUCCAUUUUACAUCCUGCCUGGAUGUAAGGAAAGACGUCUUAUUCCUCUACAGCCGAUCAGAGACGACUGGAAGCCUCUGCAGUGCCUCAGAGUCCUGAACAUAAGCAGCUGGAACCCGCCUCCAGGAAACAGGAAGCUGCACGGAGACCUGAUGUACAUCAGCAUCCUGACGAUGGAGGAGCAAGAGCUCAGCAUCACCUGCUGCACACGGGGUUUCUACCGCAACCAGUCCACUGCCUUCAACUUCAACCCCAAACCUGCAGCUCCUAAAAUCCUCUGUCACUCUCUGGUCGAGCUUCUGAGCCAACUAAGUCCCUCGUUCAGGAAAAACUUUGCCGCUCUGCAGAAGAGGAGAGUUUAUCAGCACCCGUAUGAGUGCAUCCGUGCUCCGGUCCAGGUGUGUACCUGGGUGGCGCCUGCUGGAGGUCACAGCCUGGACUGUGUGACUGCAGAGGAGACAGCCGGACAGAGGCUGGGUUUGAUGGCGACACUGACGUUUGUGCAGAUUCGAGGCUGGAACGAGGAGCUGCAGAGAUCCAGGGAACUUCCCAGAGCAUCGCUGCAGGAGCGGCGGCGCAGAGACACGCGAAUCUUCAGGAUCAACAGUGACUUUGUGGCCGCUGCAGCUCAGGGUGCCGCGUCCAUGAUGGAGGGAAACGUCAUGCCGCUAAACCCGGGGGAGCCGCCGCACCUCCACGUCUUUGUGUGGAACAAUCUCUUCUUCAGCCAGGGGUUUGACAUGUCGGACCACUACGCGCCAGUAGGGGGCGAUGCUGCCGCUCACGCUGCUGCCAUGUGUGACCUGAGAGGAGUUCAGGCAUAUGCAUCCGUGGACACAGAGGGGCUCCACACACUCGGCACGGCGGUGGUGGAUUAUCGCGGCGUCCGUGUCACUGCUCAGACCGUCGUUCCCGGAUUACUGGAGAAAAACCUCGAGCAGAUAGUUUACGGCUCUAACGACAACGGGAAAACAGUUUUUACUCACCCACGGUUUUUGGAGCUUCUGGAUGAAAGCAGUAAGUCACUGAGGAUCCAGCCUCACUGGGUCCUGGACCACAGUGGCAGCCCUGUGGAGCUCCGGUCGGCCAUCUCCACAGUCGGGAUAUUUGGCAGCGAUGGACGUCCGUACAUUUUGGACCUCCUGCGGACUUUCCCUCCGGAUCUGAACUUCCUGCUGUCGGCUGAGGCUCAGCAGGAAGUUCCCGCAGCGUGCCGCAGCUUCGGCUUCCCGCGGCGUCACCGCCACUGCCUGGCCAGCCUCCGGCCGCAGCUGGUGGAGGCCUUCGUCCAGCACAGGUAUGAACUUUUUGCUAAAAUGGCGUCCGAUGACCUCGGCCAUCAGUUCGCCACAGAGAAACCCGAGGAACCUCAGAGAGCUGCAGAACAAAAAAGAAGGAAUAUCAUCUGGAAAGCUUGUGAAAAUGUCGGCUCUGUGAGUGACUCUCGCUUUGACAUCCGCUUCAAUCCUGAUGUUUGCUUUCCAGGUGUGCGUUUUCCCUCCGAGUGUCUCCCAGACGUACAGAGACAGAGACUUCUACUUUGGGACGCUGCUGCGUUUCUUCUCUCUAAUCAGAUUCCUGCAGUGCUGAGGGACUGCCUCGACCAUACAGCCGUCCCGAUGGAUGGAGCGACUCUGACCUCAGCGAUCCAUCAGAGGGGCGUAAAUGUACGAUAUCUGGGUGCCAUGUUGAAGGAGCUGGACAAGAUGGAGGAGAGAGAAAGACUCAGCCAUGUGCAGAGAAUUUCCAUCAGUGAAGUCAUCACCAGAAGUGCGAAACACAUCUUCAGGACCUACAUGAAGGAUGUGGAGCCUGCAGCUUUUUCUGCAGCUGUCAGUCAUUUCCUAAACUGCCUCCUGAGCUCGUCCUCCGCUCCUGUUCCUGAUUCCUGCAGCGAUGAGCUGCCGUCCCGCCGCAAGAGCCGCCGCUGCCGAACCCAGAGCGACCGAGCGAACGUCCCGACCAGCAGUUUGUGGGCAAAACUGACUUCUGAUGAUCUGUGGAUCAGGAUCAAGACGGAAGCGGAAGAUUAUUACCACUAUACAUUUAAAAGUGAAAGCAUAGAAGAAGAAAUAGAAAAGCACAACCUUCAGAAGAUUUCACUUUUGAGAGAGAUGUCCAUCAAGACAGGCAUUCAGCUGCAGCUGAGAGAAUACGUGUUUGAGUGUCGACACAAGCCAGCGUUCAGCGAGGACGACGUGGUGAACAUGUUUCCUGUGGUCAAACAUCUCAAACCAACGUCAACUGAUGCUGCCGGACUCGUACAGCAAGCACAGCUGGCAGCACAGCAGGGGUUUCUCAGAGCAGGUGUGGACUUGCUUGGUCGAGCCCUGACUCUUUUCAGCAGCGUUUGUGGGAUCUUGCAUGAGGACGUUUCCAUGUGUCUGCGUCUCCUUGGGCGGCUCAGAUACACCUUAGGAGAAAAUGAUGACGCUCUCGUUCUUCAGGAAAAAGCUGUUUUGAUUUCUGAGAGAAUACAAGGGACAGACCAUCCACAGACCGUACAGGACUAUACUCAUCUGGCGCUGUAUUUCUUUGCCGGAGGCCGCCUGUCGACUUCCCUUCAGCUCUUGUAUCGCGCUCGAUACCUCACCCUGCUCGUUAUCGGAGAAGAUCAUCCACAAAUUGCACUUCUGGAUAGUAUGCUGGGUUUAGUCCUCCAUGCCCUGAUGGAAAAUGAGCUUUCACUGAAGUUCCUGCAGAACGCCUUGACUUUAACCUCUAAAUAUCACGGUGCAAAAUCACUGAAGCAUGCACACAGUCACCAUGCGCUUACCAUUGUUUAUGAAAGCAAAGGGGAGUUUCAUUUAGCUCUGCAGCACGAAAAAGAGGCUUAUAUUAUAUAUAAAAAUCAGCUUGGUGAGAGCAGUGACAGCACAAAGGAAAGCUCAGAAUACCUGCAGAGGCUCACGGAUCAGGGUGUGAUCCUCCAGAGAGCCAUCCGCCACGUCGCCUCUGGCAAACCCAGUGCCUCUGUCUCUCCUCCGAGGUUGCCAAGUCAUCCUGUGAUUCUGCAGCAGCUCGACCUGACUUGUGGGAUUACUUUCAUCCCACCCAGUGAAAAAGAGCUGAGAGCAGAACUGAACGAAAGAAGAAAAGUUCAAACAGAAGACGUGGAAUAUCAAUUAUUAAACCAAAACGGCAACAAGCAGCAGCUCUGAACUGCGGACCGAAAGGAAAACCACUGCAGUCCACCUGCUUGUUCUGGGGAAAUGGCUCAGUGAGAAACUGGGUUACCCAGAUUCAGUUGAGUCCUUUAGAAACUACAGCAGCUUCUGAACGGCUACAGAUGAGUGAAAAACUAUUUCAAAAAUUGUCUUUAAUAUAAUAAUCUGACAGUAAAAAUGACAGAUAAAGCCUUUAAUCUGUGUGUGUUACUUAGUGGAAAACAAAAUGAGAAAUAUUUAUAUAUGUAUAUUUUAAAAUCACAAGUGCAAAAAUCAGUCUGCAUGCCUUACAAUUCCUGCAAAAUAAAUGCAACAGAAUGUUUGUAAUGUAUGUUUUCUUUUUUAGUUAAAUAUAAUAUCGAGAAACUUUUAGUUUGUAUUUAAUGGUAUCUUGUGUCCUCGAGGAAUAAAGUGCACAAUCACACUUCAAACAAGUCAGAUUUGUGUUUAUCCUAAUAAAUAAUAAAUCCCUCACUGUAAUAAAAACGUUUCUAGUUUACGGUAAAUUAGCAGCUGCAGAAUUUUAUUGUAUCUGUAUGGUAAGUCUGCAUGAAUAAGAUAAAUCUGUAUAAAUACGGUAAAAUUCUGGCAACCACAUCUGCCGGUAUUUUACCAUAAAUUAGAGAUGCUUUUUUUACAGUGCUGCAAAAAAUAUACUUGCCUAAACUUACAUUUAUGGAGAGUCAGAAA